UUCAUUAUGGAAGAUUUUGAAAAACAGUGAGGAAGCAUUUUUGCCAAUGGAAAACUUGCACCAUCUGAUGCAGAUCAAGAAAAAAUGAGACCCCUACGAAGUAAUUGUCUCAAGUCCAAAAUCGUUACAAAAGUUAAAAAUCUCUCACUACUACAAAGAAAAAGAAAAACAAUUUCCAAUUUUGCAUCAAACUACAUGUACAAAAUGGACAUAUCAGUUUGUAGUACUUGCAGGAUACUUUCAGAAGAAUCUGGUAAAUCCCUGGCCCACCAUAUCCUCUAAACAUAAGGCACCAAUUUAUCUAAUUAUCGCAAACGACCUAAACAUAGGCAAAACCAAAAUGAAAAUUCAAUACAGAUAUUUUUCAGUUUUAUAUAUAUACACAUAGAGAAUAGAUAUUUUAUCUAGUAAGAUCAACACAAACAGAAGCUGUUCUACCAAAAACCUCGGAACAUCAUGGAACACAAAGAGAACAUUGACGAGUGGCAAGAAAUCGAAACCUCCGAAUGGAACAUGGAAGUGAUCAACGAAAAUUACCUCGAAGUUGCUGACCAAGCUUCUUCCACUGACGACCCUCCAAUCCCCACUCCCACCCACCACGAACUCUCAUUGACACAAAUCGUUCCAACCACAUUAACGGAUCCCGAAGACGGAACUUCCCCGCCGUUAAGGCCAUCGACGGCGCCGUUAGAUUGGCGGGUGCGGGUGGUCAACGAAGGGAAGAAGUUAUUGAGGCUGAGGUUGGAGGGUAUGAGAGAGCGCGUUGUUGGCAUGGCUUCCAAGGUUAGUAACUGGGCAAUGUAUACGGGGGCGUUUUGGUCAUUUAAGCAUGUGGCCGGAGCUUCGGCUGCGGCGGCAGUGCUCGUGUCGCUGGUUUACGUGGUGAUACGGCGGCGGCGUCGGAGGGUUGGUGGGCGGAACGUGGUGGCUGAUCGUUGCGUUUAUCUUCUGAAAGAGAAAGAUGAGAAAAUUAGCCAACUCUUACGUCAGAUUGCACAAUUGAAUGAAAUGUUAUCAUCUCGUCGAAAGGUUCCUGUGCAUCAAAUAAACUGAUGCAAGUUUUGCAGUAUUUAAUUACUAUAUUGCAAAUUCUAAAUGAAUUUGUAACUCUUACUUAGGUGUUCACUGUUCAGUGUCUUCAUAAAUAAACAAAUUGGUUGUCUUUUUAUUAAUAAAUCACUAAUUGUAAGCGCAGCAUAAGCAUAUAUGACCACUCUUAGAAAAAUACUAGCCACUGCAAAUUCUGAGAAGUAAUAUUUUUUGUAUAUAAUGUUAAGAUCUUAUACAAGUUAAUCAAAA